CUUGCUAAUGCUUAGUUCAGUGACUGGGUUCAUUGAAAUCGGCCACAUACCCAGCUCUUCGAAAACUUUUUUUUUUUAAUUAUUAAUAAUAAAAUAUAUUUUUAAUUGCGUGACAUGCACACAAACGUACAUUAUUUGGUGUUGCUGUUAUUGACAAUGGGAGGAGCAUCGUUUUCAAAGGGCGAAAAGUGCACUUUCAACAGCACCGUGGAUCUGAGCGGUUACACUUCGUUUGAAAAUGGAUCGUACCUAUAUCACGAUAUUCUCAUACCCAAGGAACAAGUGGCCAUUUAUCAGUAUGAUAUGUUGGCUACUUUUUCUUAAUGGCUGCCUUUGUGUGGUUAAGUGUUUUAUGUUUCGACAUUUGGUAUUGUUUUAAAUUCGCAGCUUACGAUUACGAUUCGAAGCAAAGUUUAAUACGUUUUAUGAUGUACUCCCUGUAUGCCUGGGGUGUAUCAGCUCUAUUGACAGCAUUGGUGAUUUGGGCCGAGAUGUCUUACGUUGUCAGUGAGAUCUAUAAGCCAGGUAUUGGCGUUGAUGUCUGUUGGUUGGAUACUAGAAAAUGGUCAGCGGCACUCUACUUUUAUGGACCAAAUACUAUUAUUUUGUCAUUUAGCAUAGUUACCUUUGGUUAUUUGGCCUCACGAAUGUGCAAAAAGCGUUGUGAUACUGUUAUAAUAGCGCAAAGACAAAAUUUCUUUCAAGAAAAUGCUGUUGUUCUUCUUCGUCUCUUCCUAAUUAUGGGCAUAUCUUGGUCUAUGGAUAUUUUGUCGUAUUGUUUUCGUAACUAUCCUGAGUCGGAUUUUAUUUUCCUUUUAACAGAUUUCUGCAAUGCCAUUCAAGGUGUUCUAAUUUUUCUACUCUUUGUGAUCCAACGUAAAGUACUGCUGUUACUCAAGGACAAAUUCCGUAGAAAAUCUAUAACCGACGAAGCAACAAUGCGUUAUCAGAGCCAAGCAUCAAUGACCACAAAUUUGUGGUGAGUUGCUGUAACAAGGCGUCACAAAAGUAUGGCGACAUCAAUCUAGUCACCAGAUUGCUCUGUGUUAAAAAAAAAAAAAAAUGUUUUUUUAAAUAGUAUGCGUAAAUGUUAUUUAAAACUAUGAGUCCAUUUAUUGAAAAUAUAAGAAAUCUAGCACAAAAUGUAUAAACAAUGAAAAAUCACUUAAAUCAAUAGAAAAUAACGUUAACAUGAUCAUCGAUCGCCAUAUUUAAAUAUAGCUGCGGUAUAACCAA